AUGUGGAGUCUUAGCGGCUUAGAAAUUCUGGAUAGCCAGCAACUAUAUGACGAUGCGACCAAUCAAACACUGAAACACCAUGCCUUCGCCAUCCUUCUCCUCAUUCCUCAUUCCUCCUGCACCUCUCCUCCUAAAUCAUCAACGAUUGUCACAACCCACAACCCUGCCGGCCUUCGAGUCGACAGCGCCUCGCGCGUAUCCAACACCUCGAAAAAACUACAUUCCAGGCUGAUGAAUUAUAUACAUCUCACCCAAACGUUGGUUGAGAGUUUCAACGCCUUGGCCGAUGAAGUGCAAACUCUGACAGACCGGAAGACGGUGCUGGAGCACAAGCUUCGCUUCGCACACGAGCAGUUCCAGUACCUUGCCGACAAGCAUGCCCCCGCUGCGCCCGAAAUCUCGGAGACUUUGGCAAAGCUUCAAAUACCGCCCGAAUUGACGCAUUCCUCUACUAAAUCUGCCAGUACUGUUCCGCUGCCUAGACGUGGAGUUACCGACGCAAGCCACCAGAUUGCCCUCCUAAUCAGAGACGGCAGGCGCGUCGCCCAACAACUCGCUUCUAUCGCCGAACCAAGCAAGACGAGCCUUUCUAGCAGAGAGACAUUUUCCCGCUUGUCAAAUACCGCCACUUCAAUGUCGACUGCUGCGUUAGAGCAAGACUUCACCGUCGAGGGGAAAAAAGGUUCACUGGCCUGCCCUUUCUCUACCGCCCCGCCCCAGAAAAAUGCCGACCAGGCCGAUGACGGAGCUGGGGAAGAGGGUCUUCCCGAUCCCACCCCCCAUCAGUCCACCGACCCCAUAUGUGCGGCCAUGUUCGAAGAAGCUACUUCGCAACCGGCUCCUUCGGCUGCGAACAAAUGCCCCAUACGAUAUUUAGAUAAGCAUUCUCCUGAAGAGAUUGCCAACUACGUCAAGACGCACAAGCACGAACUACCGCGUAGUCAUACCGUCUGCGUUGGUAGAUAUCAGAGGAGCGAGGAUCAAAUACGAAAGUUGGAUGCAAAGUAUGGCAACAUUGUGAGCAUGAUAGAGAGCUUAAGCCAAUUGCAUAAGCCUAUGCUUCCAGUCUCCGAGGAGCGUGAGGAAGACGAGGUCGACAUGGAUGCCUCGAAGCAACGUGUUGAGGACUGGGCUCAGGGAGUCAGUGCCAGCGCAGCCGAAUUCUCACCUCUGCCAGAGUACACUUCCGGAAACGAUGAGAGUGAGACUCAGGCUAGAGAAGAACCCGGAGAAGACCAAGCGAGGGAAAGCCAUUUCGACCGACCUCUGAAAGAAGUGCGAGUAGGAGAGUCACCCAGUCGGCCUUGGGGUAUCUCGGUGCCCGUAUACGAGCCCAAUGGACUUGGACUUGGUGAUGCUCCACUGUCUCCUCCCCCAGCUCCUGUACUUAUGCCCACCCAAUUGUCGAACGGGGCCGUCCCCAAAACGCCCGAGAAGCGUCCUGGAAAAUGCCCUUUUGACCACACGAAACUUGGCGCAAUGGGUGGCCUCGGCCUCCCUCCGCAGCAUGCCCGCGAUGGGGCAUCCGAUGUCAGCCGCAAGCCCGCGACUGAGGGACUGUUUGCUACAACCGAAAAGCAACACCAAACUGAUAACCGAGCUCCUCCUCCUCUGCAAGCGCAACCGGCAUUCAUCAACCCACCCAAGUAUUCAAAUGGGAUUCCCCAGAUGGUCUUCACAGGGCCUGUCUUCAUCGGCUACCCCAUGGAUCAAGCUCUCCAGUUUAUGCAGGCUUUUCAAGCCCAGCAACGUUGA